AUGACGAUCGUUGAAAAGAGCGAAGAGCAAAAACUUGCGGUUCAAAAAGAUGUCGAGAAUCUAGUUGCCGCUUCCCAGAAGUAUAUGCAACACAAUGAUGUUGACGGCGAAGCCAGCCUAGAUCUCCAAAGGAUGGCAUCAAAACUGACGCAAACGCUGCGUGGUCCUAUUCCAUCGGCACUCUCACACUUUGAGGACAUUGUUCAAAUGGCAGCCCUUAGAACAUUGCUGGAGGCUGGUGUGUUCCACACGAUUCCCAAAGGAGGAGCAAGUAUGAGCGCCGAUGAGAUAUCUGCUCAGACAGGUCUGGACAAAAAUAUAUUGAUACGACUGAUGCGGGCUGUCACUCCUAGAGGUCCGUUCCGCGAGACCGGCGAAGAGGAGUACGCCCACACGCCCUAUUCGAAGGCCUAUCUGACUUCAGAUAUACUGGGUUGCUUCCCCGUAAUGUCCGACUUCAUCUUUGGACCUAUCUUGGGAAUUUGCGAAUUCCUUCGUCAAAACGAAUGGAAAAAUACUAUCACGACACGAAACAACCCAUUUACUCUUGCCUUUGACUGUCCUGGCGAGACCAUGUUUGAGUAUCUAUACAAAAACCCCCAACAAGUUUCUCGCGUGGCCAAAGCCGAAGCAGCAGACCCGGAGCAAAUCGCAAUGGACGUCUUUCCAUGGGAAGAGAGACUGGGCGCUUCCGCCGAUGACAAGGUGGCUAUCGUGGACAUAGGUGGUAGCCACGGCAAUGCACUCCGACAAAUCAAAAAGGACGCGCCUGGAUUGAAAGGGCGCUUGAUUCUGCAGGAUCUGGAGCCAGUCAUCCUUGAGCAUGGCAAGACCUUGCGCGCCGAUGGUUUCGAGACGAUGGUCUAUGACUUUUUCAAACAGACGCAGCCAGUUCAGGGGGCUUUGAUCUACUACUUCCGACGUAUUUUCCACGACUGGCCCGAUACUCCGGAAUCCAAGCAGAUCUUACAGAAUACAGCAGCGUCCAUGAGUCGUGAUUCCAGGAUCCUGAUCCACGAUAUCAUUGUUCCCGAAGUUGGGGCUACCAUGAGUCACGCAUGGCAUGAUAUUAGUUUACUGGCAAUCGGGGGCGUUGAACGUACGGAAAAGGACUUUGCUCGUCUUUUGGAUGAUGCAGGUCUGGAGGUGGUCAAGGUUUGGAAAAAGAGCGGAGAUAUGCUGGGUAUUGUUGAGGCUUGUUUGAAAUGA